CAUGCAAAAAAAGAGAGAGUUGAGGUGUCACGAAGGUCUCGUGGCAUGGUGCGUCAAUGCAGGCACUCGAUAUUCGCGGGUCUACGAUAAUAAACAAUAAACGUGGCAAACUAAAAUGGCUUGAAUUGAAUUCAGAGUCAGAGUGAUGUGCGGUGUUGAGAGCUCGUUUGCAGGAGCAAAUACAAUAAAAAAUGCUACUCUCGAAGCAUGGGAGGAUGAGUUUUUAAGCUAAGCUAGCAACUGAUCCAGUACAGAAGCCAUGGACUCUCGAAGUUAAGGUUUCGGAUUUCCACUUCAAAUUUCCAAGAAACGGAGAAAAUGCGGAUCUCCAGUUUCUCUUGCUCCCACACAGCUCUAUUCACUCUGAUUGUCAUGCAGGUCUCGAUUUCAAGAGGGCAAUUAGCUCCAAAUGAAACAAGAAUUCUUUUCCAGGUUCAGCAACUCCUUGAAUAUCCUCAGGUUCUUCAAGGAUGGACUAACUGGACCAACUUUUGCUAUCUCCCCCCCUCACCUUCUCUAAAAGUUGUUUGCUCAGAUAGUCAUGUAACUGAAUUAACUGUCGUUGGAAACAAAAGCAGCUCCUCUGCAUCUCCCAACAGCCCAAAACAAAAUACCUUGUCUGACAACUUCUCUAUAGAUGCUUUCUUCACCACCCUAACAGAGCUUUCAAAUUUGAAGGUGUUGUCACUGGUGUCCUUGGGAUUGUGGGGUCCCUUGCCUACCAAGAUCAACAGGUUUUGGUCUCUUCAAGCACUUAAUGUCAGCUAUAAUUUCAUUUAUGGCCAGAUUCCUCAAGAUAUCCUGUCGUUAAAGAAUCUCACUAGUCUUGUUUUGGCUCAUAAUUUGCUGAACGGAACAGUCCCAGAUCUCAGAAGCUUAGUUCUACUUCAAGAGCUAAAUUUGGGUGGCAAUCAUCUUGGUCCAACCUUUCCUUCGCUUGGUAACAAUCUUGUUACCAUCAUCCUGAAGAACAACUCCUUGAAAUCUGUUAUUCCUUCAGAAAUCAAGAAAUUCAAUCAGCUUCAGCAGCUGGACAUCUCUUCCAACAAACUCAUCGGACCAAUCCCAUCUGCUUUGUUCUCCCUUCCUUCUCUUCAGUAUCUUGAUUUAGCCCAGAAUCAAUUAAGCGGGGCUCUUCCAACAAAUAUAUCUUGCAGUGUUAAGCUUCAAUUUGUGGACAUCUCUCACAACAUUUUGAUUGGAAAAUUACCUUCCUGCAUUGCAACCAAUACUUCAACUCGGACAGUCAUCAGCUCAUGGAAUUGCUUGUCUGGCGGUAAAAAUGCAAGUUACCAGCACCCUUACUUGUUCUGCAAUAAAGAAGCAUUGGCUGUGAAGCCCCCAUCUAGAAGUAAGGAGCACAAGUCUUCCACUAUCAAACUUGGAAUAGUACUUGGUAUUGUUGGAGGUGUUCUUGGGAUCGCAGGUGUUCUUGGAUUAUUGAUUUUUGUGAUCAUUAGAAGAUCAAAAACAACAACAGCUGAUGAUCAUGUACAUAGCAUAUUUGAUGGAUCUGUUACCAGUAAAAGGUCUGUUGCCAGUAAAAUGUCUGUUCGCAGAGCCGUUGAUUCAAGGCGUGUGCCUCAGACGAUGAGGUCGGCAGCUAUAGGGCUUCCGCCUUAUCGUGUCUUCACAUUGGAGGAAAUGGAAGAUGCUACAAACAACUUUGAUCCAUUGAAUUUUAUAGGAGAAGGAUCCCAGGGACAACUCUAUAAAGGUUGGCUCAUGGAUGGUUCAGUAGUCCUGGUGAAAUGUGUGAAACUAAAGCAGAAGAAUUUGCCUCAAAGCAUGAUUCAGCAGAUUGAGGUACUAUCAAAGCUGAGGCAUCUGCAUUUGGUCAGCAUUCUCGGACACACCAUCGUCACAUAUCAGGAUCAUUCGAGCACAGCUGGCACAGUAUUUGUUGUCCUUGAACACGUCUCCAAUGGAUCUCUAAGAGAUUACCUAGCCGAUGAGAGAAAAAGGGAGAUGCUGAGAUGGCCAAAAAGAAUGGCGAUUAUCAUUGGCGUUGCGAGGGGAAUCCAGUUCUUGCACACUGGAGUUGCUCCUGGCAUUUUUGGGAAUAACGUAAAGAUCGAGAAUGUUUUGUUGGACGAUACUCUUACAGCGAAACUCAGUGACUACAAGAUUCCCCUGCCAUCAAAGGUAGGCUCGGAGAGUCCUCUCAAUGGACAAGAUGCGUUCAAUAUCAACAGUAGUGAAAAUGCAGAAAAAGAAGAUGUCUAUCAACUAGGUGUCAUUUUACUUCAAGUCAUUACGGGUAAGCUUGUCACAUCCAACCGAGCAUUGGACGAGUUAAGGAUACAGCUCGAAAAAGGCUUGGCAGAAGCGCCAUCGAAGUUACAAGCCUUGGUCGAUCCAUGUACAAGGGGUACUUUUGCAUAUGAAUCCCUAAAAACUGCAGCUGAAAUGGCCGUUAAUUGCCUAAACAAAGAAUCAAGAGCUCGGCCAUCAAUAGAAGAUGUACUUUGGAAUUUGCAGUAUUCCAUUCAAAUUCAAGAAGGAUGGACUAGUACCAGUGGAAACCUUGGCGGUCCACACUCGUCUUCUUAUUAAAUUUCUAGACUCGUUUCUCUAUAAUUGACUACGUUUCUCUGUAAUUGAUUAUCAUAAGAAAUCAUAUAUGAAUUUUUUCCCAUCA